AUGUCUGUUCCUCUCUUCCCCUCUUCCAUCGUGCCCACACCAGUCGACCCGUCUCUUGUUUUGGUAUGCAACUUGACAUACAGACCGUCGCGCGGGAAGACGACGGGGGUCACGCCGCCGCGCAUGCGCAGUCGCACACCGCGCAAGUCCUUCAACCCAUCUUCACUCCAAUCCAGACUCAUGGGACGUGAGUUGAUGGGGCAGCGGGCGAUGCUUGAUGAACUGGCAUACUGCGUAGCCCCGACUGAGUAUCUCUGGCCGGGGUGGUCGGCAGUGAUGGCCCAGAAACGUAGAGGUCAUUGCCCGAUAGAGCUUGACAUGGGAUAUGCUGCAGACUUGCUGCGAGUGGCGGCAUCACCAGGUACCACGACCACCACCGUAGUAUCGUACGCUGCGAACGCUGCGAGAAAAGACGGAGAGCAGAAAAUAACACCAGGCUGUGCCCACGAAGCAACUCUGCACAUGCAAGCCCACGGCAGCAAUACUGUCAGCAUCAUCACCAUCAGCAUCAGCACCAAACUCCAGAAUCCCAGCCGCACCAGCCAGCAGGAAUGUACCCGGAAGGACACCAAGGAACGAUACGGACAGAAUGAUCCGUAA